AUGGACGGCGAAGAGCCAACGCAAGAGCCAACGCAAGCGACGCAAAAUAUCCUCGACCCUCGCCGACUAGGCAAGCAGAACUCGGGCUUUUCGGACGAAGACAUCUCAGACAUCAUCUGCGUGCUGUACCCACACUCGGACACUGCGCGAAUCGAGGUCCAGCAGCUGCUCAAGACCGAGUCGCCGUACCUCAUCGGCAGAGACGAAGCCGACGACGUCGAACUCGAUUAUGAGCACGAGGACCGACCGAGUCAAUUCGAAUCCAACCCCGCAAACCAUGGCAACCACGCCAUUAUCCUGCGGCUCUCCAGCCAAGUUCACAGCCCUGCGGCCGGCUUUGUCUUUGGGAGGAACCCUGGUAGAUGCGACAUAGUCUUCGCCAAUGAUCCGCUGCGGAGGAUCAGCAACAUCCAUUUUCGCAUAUUUGUCAAUGAGCACGGCACCGUCAUGAUCGAGGACAAGUCUACCAAUGGAACCUUUGUCGACGAUCGCCUCCUCAAAAAUGCCCACAGAGACCCUACAAAGAAGCCCAUUCUCAAAUGGAUGUUGAGCUCAGGAUCACUUAUCCGAAUCUAUCUACACAACGAGAUGCAGGACCUUACCUUUCGAGUCCGAAUCCCUCGCCGCGCCGACGAAUAUAUGGAUGCCUACCAGCGCAAGGUGGACGACUAUUUCCUUCGACACAACUUAUUACCGGGGCCCGUUGAAACCAUUACCGCCGGCCCUGGAGGCCACGUUGAUUUAUUCAAGAACGCUGGCCAGCUGAUAACGCCGCGGCGCCCAGAACGCCAACCGAGCGAACAACGCUCUCCCACAAAGCGCAAAGAUAACCGAGGCGUGCGGCGAGAGUGGAAUGGGUCUGGCAAGUACAAUCGGAUUGGUAUGAUUGGCAAGGGAGCAUUUGCCGUAGUCUACAAGGUGACAUCCAAGUACGAUGGGAUGCCAUAUGCUGCCAAAGAGAUUGAGAAGCGCCGCUUUAUUAAGAAUGGAGUGCUGGACCAGAAAGUUGAAAAUGAGAUGAAGAUUAUGCAGAGAGUAAAACAUCCCAAUAUCGUGCGUUAUAUGGAAAAUUUCGACUGGGAGGAUCGACUACUCAUUAUCAUCAUGGAGCUUGUACCUGGGGGUGAUAUUGGAAAGCAUGUCGCAGACGAGGGGCCGUUUCCAGAAGCGGAGGCUAGGAUAAUUUCCCAGCAGUUGCUGAGCGCACUCGCCUACUUACAUAACAACAACAUCACUCACAGAGACGUCAAGCCGGACAACAUAUUGAUCAACUCACUCAACCCUCUGGAAGUCAAACUCACAGAUUUUGGCCUCUCGAAAAUGGUGGAUACGGAGCAGACAUUCCUCAGAACGUUUUGUGGCACCCUACUAUACUGUGCUCCAGAGGUGUAUAACGAGUAUGCAGAGUAUGACGACAAAGGCGUCAGGAGCAGGGGAAAGAAGGCUCGCCGUGCUCCAGGCCAAAGAUAUAACCAUGCCGUGGAUAUCUGGUCAUUAGGCGGCGUCAUCUUUUAUUCCAUGACCGGCCAGCCUCCUUAUCCCGUAAAGAGCGGCACUAGCUAUUCCGAGCUGCUGCAUCAGAUCAUGACUAUGUUGCUAGAUAUAAGACCACUAGACGAACGUGGUAUUUCCGAUAGCGGGAUUGACUUCAUCUGCGCCAUGCUUCAGAGAAGGCCGGAAAACCGUGCGACGGUGGAAGAGCUGGACGAGCAUCCAUGGAUCCACAGCAGGACUAUUGAGGCCUCACAGUCGUUUGACGAAAUCACCGACGAAGAAGAUGUCUUGGAGUCUUCCCAGUAUCACGGGACUCAGCACCAACCAAACGUGUACCAAAUCGAGGACGAGAAUGACCGGGUGAGUGAUUCUGCAGGGGAAGAAUCGGAAAGAGAAGACGAAAACGAGCAGCAAGAGCAAGAUGAGAAGGAAAACAUUGGCUGGAAUUAUACCUUUGGGCAAGGCACGAUGCGACCUCUCCGAUUAUUUGGAGAGGUUGGUGUCUCGGCCGUUGGCAGUUCUGGUGCCGUCCCAGAGAGCCAGCUGAAUCUACCAGCUGCGAAAAUGACCGGCGAUGGCAGCAACGGUAGCAAUUUUGAAGGCCAAGACGACGAGGCUUACGAUUCUGGGGAUUCUGGGGAUUCCGGUGCAACCCUGGUUAAGCUCGGCAGCAUAUUUAGGCCAGAGAGAAGCGUGUCUAUCGAUCACGCGCAAUCUGCCGAUCAACUGCAAAGCUUGGUGGAAAACGUUGCUUCACAAAGCCUUGGCGUCUCUGUGGUCGGGGUUGAGGAUCCAAAUGCGUCCAGCUAUUCAAUUGCCUCCUCCGACUUCAACGCCAGCAAGCGAAAAUCCCCUUCGCCUCUUGCAGCAAGUGCAGAUUUUGAUAAUGAUAGCACGCCUACCGAAAAGCCAGCCCUUAAAAGAUUAAAAUCAGAGGGGUAUAUGGACGAUGUUGCCGACCCUACAAUCGAAGAGUAUAAUUUACUGUCCCGUAUGCCACCGAUUCAGAGAUCUAACUCCGGCCGCCAGAUCGAUGAACCGGUGAGCAAAAAGCACUUUUGGGCUCAGGAUCGCAGGACGUGGCAUCUCAACUACCCCGAGAUGACACAGCUUCAGUAUGAUGCGUUUCUCCUAGCAGCCAAUCGGCGAAAGGAAGAGUUCCUCCCGGGCAAAACGCCCCUGUGGAGCCUGGCUAUGAAGUACUUCCCCCCUGUUACUGCAUUAGAAAGGCAAAAUACGCCAGUUAUACAGUCUUCUCCUGACGAGGACGUCAAUAUGGACUUUCCGGCGACGGGUCCAUUCGCUGACGGCGCGGCUACUAAUAAUACAGAGAUUCCAGAUAGCCUUAGGGUAGUCCCGGUACUACAAGAAGACGGACAGCCUCGGACCAUUGCUCUGAUAGCUUCUGACACCAUGUCUUGCGUCAGAGAUAUUGAGUGUCUCAUGACCGAUACAUUGGUGUCAUUUGGCCGUGGCCUCGAGAACACUGCCGUGUACGAGGACAGAUUUAAUUCCAAAGUGCCAAAGUAUGCCUUUAAAGUUUUGCUGUGGAAGGAAGGCUAUGACCCUUCCAACGACCCCGCCAAGGUACCCCUUCCAUGGACACAGGAUUUAGCAGGAGAUGAGAAGUCAUACCACCUCUGGAUCUCGACCAAGGCCACGCUCGGGAUCCGUAUAAACGGACAAAUGCUUGACUCUUGCGACUCGAAGAAGCCCUUUGGCCCCUCGAAAAACUGGACCAAAGUCUACAACGGAGACGAGCUGCUCAUAUGGGGUGACCCCAACGAACAAACCAAGCUCAAGGUCCAAUGCCUUUGGGGCGGCUCAGCCCACGAGCGUAAAGACAAGCACCUCGAGCUCGCGACCACCGAGCUGGCCAAGGAGCUAGACGCCGCCUGCUUGCGCACGGAGAAGCGCAUCCGCGACGUCUCCGACAAGCGAGCCGACAAGCGCCAGAAGAUCAGCGAGGUCGAGGUGGAGGACAAGGAGCGCCUCCGACGGAGCGAUUCCGAGCGCGAGAGAAGCCUCUUCUUUGAGAGGAAGAGACUGGAGGCCAUUGAGUUCCUGGCUCUCAAGUCGGGCCAUUCUACCACUGGUACUGCUUCUUCGAGGAGAGGUUCUCCCGCGACUAGUCUGGCGCCCUCUAUUUUUUCGACCCGAUUCCAGUCGACUGUGAUGAGGACGAGUCCGGAGAAGGAUGCUGUGCGGUUGGUUCGAUGA